AUGACAAGAGAUAUAACGAAUCAUUUAUUAUUUGAAGUUGCCACUGAGGUAGCUCAUAAAGUUGGUGGUAUUUAUUCAGUUUUAAAAUCAAAAGCUCCAAUUACAGUUGCUGAAUAUAGAGAACGUUAUACAUUAACUGGACCAUUAAAUUAUAAUUCAGCUCAAAUUGAAGUUGAAGAAUUACCUGUGAAAGAUCCGUUAAUGAAACAAACUUUAGAUUCGAUGUCUUCAAAAGGAAUUAAAUGGUUAUAUGGUAGAUGGUUAAUUGAAGGAGCUCCAAGAGUUUUAUUAUUUGAUAUAUGGUCUGCUGGUCAUUAUCUUAAUGAAUGGAAAGCGGAUCUUUGGAAUGUUGCUAGUAUACCAACACCAGAUCAUGAUCUGGAAACUAAUGAUGCUAUAUUAUUAGGUUAUUUAGUUGCAUGGUUUUUAGGUGAAUUGGUUUAUAAUGAUAGAGAAAGAGCUGUUAUAUGUCAUUGUCAUGAAUGGUUAGCUGGUAUUGCUUUACCAUUAUGUAGAAAAAGAAGAAUUGAUGUAACUACAAUUUUUACAACUCAUGCUACUUUAUUAGGUAGAUAUUUAUGUGCUGGAUCAAUUGAUUUUUAUAAUAAUUUAGCUAAUUUUGAUGUUGAUGCAGAAGCUGGUAAAAGAGGUAUAUAUCAUCGUUAUUGUAUUGAAAGAUCUGCAACUCAUUCAGCUGAUGUUUUUACAACUGUUUCACAUAUAACUGCGUUUGAAUCGGAGCAUUUAUUAAAAAGAAAACCCGAUGGUGUUUUACCAAAUGGUUUAAAUGUUGUUAAAUUUCAAGCUGUUCAUGAAUUUCAAAAUUUACAUGCUGUUAAAAAGGAAAAAAUUAAUGAAUUUGUUAAAGGACAUUUUUAUGGUAAUUAUGAUUUUGAAUUAGAUACUACAUUAUAUUUUUUCAUUGCUGGUAGAUAUGAGUUUAGAAAUAAAGGUUGUGAUUUUUUCAUUGAAUCAUUAGCUAGAUUAAAUCAUAAAUUAAAAGAAGUUGGAUCUAAAAUGACAGUUGUUGCAUUUAUUAUAAUGCCUGGUAAAACACAAUCUUAUACUGUUGAAACUUUAAAAGGUCAAGCUGUUAUUAAACAAUUGGAAACAACAAUUGAAGAAGUUCAAAAGAAAGUGGGUGAAAGAUUAUUUGAACAUUGUGCAAGAUUUCCAAAUAGUCAAUCAUUACAUGGUGAAGUACCAACAAUUGAUGAAUUAAUUAAACCUGCCGAUAGAGUUUUAUUAAAAAGAAGAAUUUAUGCAUUGAAAAGAGAAGGUUUACCACCAAUUGUUACUCAUAAUAUGGUUGAUGAUCAUACAGAUCCAAUUUUAAAUCAAAUUAGAAGAGUUCAAUUAUUUAAUAGACCUGAAGAUAGAGUUAAAAUAAUUUUUCAUCCUGAAUUUUUAAAUGCAAAUAAUCCAAUAUUAUCAUUAGAUUAUGAUGAAUUUGUAAGAGGUUGUCAUUUAGGAGUUUUCCCUUCAUAUUAUGAACCAUGGGGUUAUACACCUGCUGAAUGUACAGUUAUGGGAAUUCCAUCAAUAACUACCAAUUUAUCAGGUUUUGGUUGUUAUAUGGAAGAUUUGAUUGAAAAUACAAGUGAUUAUGGUAUUUAUAUAGUUGAUAGAAGAAUGAAAAGUGUUGAUGAAUCAAUUAAUCAAUUAACUGAUUAUAUGUUUGAAUUUUGUGAAAAAACAAGAAGACAAAGAAUUAAUCAAAGAAAUAGAACUGAAAGAUUAAGUGAUUUAUUAGAUUGGAAAAGAAUGGGUUUGGAAUAUAUUAAAGCAAGACAAUUAUCAUUGAAAAGAGCAUAUCCUGAUAAGUUUAAAAAUGGUGCAAAUCCAUUUAAUAAUACAUCAAAUUUAAAAUUAACUAGACCUUUAAGUGUACCUGGUUCACCAAGAUCAAAAGUUGGUUUAAUGACUCCUGGAGAUUUAGGUUCUUUACAAGAAGCUCAAGAAGGAUUAAAUACUGAGGAUUAUGUUGGAUUCAAAUUAGGUUUAGGUGUUGAUGAUAAUGAUGAUGAUGAAGAAGAAGAACAUUAUCCAUUGACUUUAAGAGGUAAUAGUGUACCACCACAAGAGUGA